AUGGGCGAGUUUUCAGCUGCUCGAAAGACUUCGCACGCGCUGAUAUCUGCAUGCAAGAUAGCGAAAACGCGGAUGUCGAAACGGGUGAUUCCUGGCCGUCUGUUUGAUUUGCUUCGGCUCUCCUCCUCGUCUCCUCUCCCGUUUCACAUUGGCAUGCGCCGAAACUUCCCGUUCCGCACAUUCCUUCCUGCUUGCCUCACGUGGUCCCUCGUUCGGCGCAAUUUGGAAGCCACCGAGGACGAACCGAAGAUCCUCACACGUCUCCUCUUGCCUUUUACAAAACGCCUGGCUUCACUUUUCACCCUGUCUCCCUCCGCUCCUUCCCCUGGCUUCUCUCCUGGCCCUGAUGUCUCUUCUUCGGCUCGUCUUUCUGCUCCCCCUGUCAUUCCUCUCUCUGUGGCGCUCACGAUGCUUCAGCGUCUGCUAACGUUUUUUCUAACGCGUCUUCUGCUGUCUCUGAACAUCGACUGCAAGCAGCUAGUUGUGCGAUGGAGAUACACCGGUGUGCUUCUCCUUCGCUCCCUCGCCCUGCGCGACCGCACGCUGUCCCCCCACUUCACCCUCAAGUCGGUGCAAAUACACUCCGUGCGUCUCCACGUCCCCUGGACGUUUCUCUGGAGCAAGCGGAAGACGAUUUCCCUGCAUCUGGACACCGUCGUCGCGCGCGUUGCCGCAAGGCCCAGCGGGCCACAGGGGCCGGAUCACAUUGACGAAGAGAAGCGCGAUCUUUGGGGAGGAGGCGGGGUAGCGCCAACUGCCAAUCGCGUUCGCAGCUGCAGCGAAGGAAGACGGCGAGGAAACAGCAAGAAGAGACGCGAGAGGCUCGCAUCCCCAACUCUCGGGGGACCGUUCGGUGAGGCUUCUCUUCCGUCUGGAGAGGAGCCGGAGAGGGACAGCCUGCAUUCGGAUGAGUCCCCUUCUCCAGGUUGGCCUCGCCCAAGUGGCGAGGCAGAAAGCCUCGGAAGACGCAGCGAGGCGAGAGCUUCGAGACGCGCGGGCCUCCAAGCAGACGCGGGUGCGUCCUCGAGCCUUCGCGGCGACCACGCACGCUCUGCUGUCCCCGUCGCGUCUGUCUCCUCUUCCUCUGCGUCCUUGCCUCCCCCGUCUACGGCCUUCGCCCUCGUUUCCUCUUCACUGCGUCCGCUUGGCGCGAUCGCGAACCGCUUACUCCAUGCGGUCUUGCCUGAGGCUGUGGACCGGUUCUCGCCGGCGUUCGCCUCUUCGUUGCUUCUCCACGUGCUCAAGCGAGUCUCCGUACACCUCACAAACAUCCACGUUUCCCUCGAAGACAGCUGCUCGACAGCCUCGCCGUUUCAGUGUGGCCUCUCUUUCGCAAGCUUGCACUUCUCCUCGACCUAUCUCUCUUCUCUCGCGGUGGAGCCGGAGAAGAACGGCGACACACGCGUGCCCGAGCGUUGGAAACGCGCCGGCGAGAAAGACGACGGAGCCGAGAGGGAAACGCCGAUCUCGCCGUUCGCCAAAGACAAAGAGCGAGCGAAUCGCGAGGGCCGAAGCGCCGCGGAGAGUGGAGAUGAAGACCGCAGAUGUUUGUUCUUCACGCCUCGGCGCGCCGCCGGCGAGGCGGAGCGAGGUGAAGACGGCUUCUCUGACGAAGGGCUGCCGUGUCCAGCUUUUCUUCUUCCGCGGUCCUGCACGCUGACCUCGUCGUCGUUCGGAUGCGAAAUAGAAGGCCCUCUCGACCUGCUCUCGUCCGACGAGUCUGCACAGCCGUCGCCCGCUCGUUCCCCCAAAGCACCGGACGCACGCACCUCUGGCUCGCCUGCAGCCGACCCCUCUUUGUCUCCUGUGUCUCUUUUUUCUCGUGUCUCGCGCGCGGCCUCUUGGUGCGCGGCUCCGAGCGGCCCUGAAGGCCAACAGGGAUCAAGCGGAAAACAGUCCGGCAGAUGGGCGCAGCGAGAGGCGUCCAGUGGGGAAGGGGAGGCAGCAGGCGAGGCGGAAGCGUUGGAGGAGUCGCGGACGAAAGAAACAGAAACCGAACGUCCAGCAGCAGAGGACAAAGAAGAGGACUGCGGAAUCCAAACCCAGCGGCGGUGGCCUUCGGUGCGUCCCUCGACAGGCGGGAGCGCUCAUGACGAAGAAGACACGGUGCGAGCGCAGGGUCAUGUCUCCACCCAGGAGGCUCGCCCCAUCGGGAGACAGGUGUCUCCGCUGAGCGACGGCGUGCUGGAGGGGGAGAUGGGCGACGGGGUGUUGCUCUUUUCUUCUCUCUGCCCGGGGAACGGGGAGCUCGCCGGCGAGCCGCUUCAGAGGGCCGUCUCGGAUCCUCAGUUGCCCGAGCGACGGCUGUCUCCGGGGGAAGAAAGUCGCGACGCAGAAGCCGAACCCAGUCAGGGAAGCGGCGACAGAGAUGCGGAAGAGGGUGGAGGUCGCCCAAGCCGGCGAGAGGAAGGCGAGCACAGAGAGCAAGAAGGAUGCGGAGAUGGGAAGCAGCGCCACAUAGACGGCUGGCGUGUCGCGUCACUGGAACUCUAUAGGGCAAGCGUAGAAACAGAGAUCAAGAGGGACGGAACCAGCGAGGCGGAAAAGGACCGUCCGCGGGAUCUUCCCGAGGCUGUUCCACCAGCCGCCUCCGUGACGGAUCGGCUGCAGACGACGCCUCUGCCCGCCGCAGACGCUGCGCCGUCGGGCCUUCCUGUUUUCCCGACAGCACCGACGUCUUCCUCGCGUGACCACGUCUCUUCUCGGACUGACGCAUGGCGGCUGUCUCCUCCUUCGGCACCAGGGGCGGACCCGCAGGCCGGGAGACAGCGUGGGCUCUUUCGCGCUGUCGCCGCCGUCGAUAGGCGUUCCCUUUUUUCGUCUUUUUCAGCGAAAGAGAAGUCCACGCACCUCGUCUACCUUCGGCAAGUCCUCGACGUCGACGGCUUCCGAAUCUACUGGCGGUGCAAUGCUCGAGAUCUCGUUUCGCGCUCCGAGGACGUCUCGCGUGCCGACUCGCGCGGCGGAGGCUCUUCUCGCGAUUGGUUUUUCUCGUCUUCUCGGUCCGCCUCUUCUUCGUCUUUGUCUUCUGCAGGCAGACACGAGGGAUGCCCCCCGAGCGACGCAGAAGGGAAAGGGGGACGAGCAGAAGGUGAAGACGAAGGAGAGGGUGGAGGAGGGAGAGCAGACGGCGCGGAAGAGAGUGGGAGAGGCCAGUGCGACGCGGCAGACAUCCUGAGGCCUGCAACGUUCUCCGUAGUCAGCUUCAUGACUGUGGUGAGGAACCCGUCGUCGGUCUCCAAAAGGCCCAGGGAAGACCCCACAGUCAAGCGGCCUUGUUCCAGUUCUCCAGCGCCGGGUGCGCGGUCGCCGUCUCGGCGUCCCUCUGCUCCCCGGCCCCCGUCGUUCCUUCAUCCGGGUCCGUCUGGCGAGUCGCCAGCCCACAGAGACACCCAGCCAACCCUCUCCGCGUCUCCACAGCGUUCGUGCCUGGCGCGGGGGCGUCUGCACACAAGAGAGAGUUCUGCGUUUCCCACCCCGUCCGGCGGUCUGGUGGCCGCUCCAGAUCGUCUCUCUUCCGCGUCUGCUUCCUCUCGUCACCCGUCGCCGCUCUCUCCAUUGUCUUCCUCUUCGUUCGCUCCCCGACCUCUGACGAAUGAGAGGCGUGUCUCCUUCUCUCGCGAGACCGGCGGAGAUGGCGCCUCUUCUCCGUCUUGGCCGCCGUCGCCGUCGUCCAGUUCGUCUGCUUCUUCUCAGCCAGGAGUGCCUUUUCCUCUGGCGGGUUUGUCGUUUCCUUCCCAGUUCACCGAGUCUUCCCUCAGAAAAAACACCGGCGAAGGCAGGUUUGCGGGUACCGAGGAUGGCCGCGGGGACUCCUCCUUCCUUUCGCCGUCUUCUCCGCUCAUCGCGAAGCUGGCAAGCCCUGUCUCCGAGCCUGCAGGUGCUUCGCCUGCCGACUCACCUCUCUUCGCGUUUCCUCUCUCCUCUUCGUCCGCCUGUCCUUCGCAAAGUGUGUUCACCGUGGCAGCCAGCGCCUUUGUGUUUCUUCCAGGGAUCGACGUGCAAGUGUCCCGUGACCAACUUGUCGACUUUCUGCGCUUUCACGCGCGCCUGGCUGCGGACCGGCGCACGCACCGCCCCCCGGUUUCCGCGGCUCUCAGGCCCGCGCCAAGCGAACCCGGCCUCACGCGUCCGGCGUUUCUCCGGUCGUCAGCCUCGGUGAAUCCUGACAGAGCCGCGAGCGCUGCUUCCCAUUCUUCUUUUGAUCUCGCGUUGCCGCCUCUUCCGCCGCGACCAAGUUACCUCCCUGCGCCGCUGGGUCCCGAGAGAACACCUCGUUCUCCGCGGGGCUCUUCUCGCUUCGGUGUCGCCGCGUCUUCUUCCUCGGCGUCCACUGCCUCGGCGGCCUCGCCUCCCUCUCCCGCUUCGUUCUUUUCCUUCUUUCGGCAGAAGCUCGCCUCGUCCCCUCGAGCCGGCGCAACGUCGGGAAUCCCGAAGGAAGAAGCAGGAAGAGAAGACGGACAACAAGGUGAGAGAACAUGUCCCUCGGGAAAGACUGGCGCGGGCGAUGAACGCGCGAAGACGCUUUUCGCCCUGUCCUCUCUCCAUCUCAGUGUGCGAAACGAGUUGACGCGAAUCCGACUGAACUGGGAGGAAGCCGACUCCACCCAGGAUUGCCAGCGAGAGAGUCGGGGCCGUCCGCGAGACGAGAGAGAUUCCCCAGCGGAGAUAAAAGCCCUGCGCUGCUCGGGAAUGCAAACCUACCCGAGAAACUAUGCCCUGCCUUUCGCAGUGUCCCUCCCCUCCCAUACUUCGCCUAGCAGGCAUUCCCUCAGUCACCUGUUCUCUUCAAAGCGCAACCCUCGUUCUGUCCUGACCCUGGCGCGCCUCUGCGCCGAAGCACACCUCGUUCUCUUGCCGCCGCCUCGGGUCUCUGCGUCGUCUUCGGUCUGUCCAGCUGCGAGGACGGUGGACUUAAGCAGAAGGCAGCGGCGAGAAGAACGCGGCCGAGAGGGCGUGGAAGGAGGGAAGGAAACAAAGGAAGUCGGUGCUGUCGAUCGCUCGGGGAAACCGGGGGCGCGCGUCAUGUCGCCCCGUCCCGGGGAGAAUUUCCGAACGCUCUUUUCUGACCCAGCAAGGAGACAUCAUUCUUCUUCUCCACCUGCGUCGUGUGUGUCGCCGGCGUGCUCUCCAUCGUCUUUCUCGAAUCGUCCCGCGUGCGAUGCGGGACGAGUCGAGAGCGCGGGCGGGGACUCAAACUGCCCCGGUGGUCACGCAGACGCUGGAGAGGCGCGAAGCGUGGAGGUGCAAGACCAGGCGGGGAGAUUGAGGCUGCACGCCUUCGGCUUCUCUCUCGGGGGAUUCGAAGCCUACGAUGAAGCUUGCGGUCUCCACCUUUCCUGCGUUUCUCUCGGGGCCGCGCACGAAGACACCGAAGCGUCGUCGCUUCUGGGAAACGUGCUGGCCUCCUGCUCCUUCGGACGCCACGAGGCCGACCGAGAAGAGAAGGACGAAAGGCGCGACAUUUCGCAAUCACAACCCAUCUCUCGUGCCUCGUCUUUCGACGCCUCCGCCAACAUCCACGCGCGUCAGGCGGCGUUUACCGCGCGACAGGAAAGGCGUCCAGAUCUCGAAGACAGACGAGCACCCAACGAGGCAGCAGAAUCGCCAAACGGGAAGGAAUACGCUACGUGUGACUGGUCAAUGCGGACACCGUUGUGUCCGUCGUCCACUCACCGUCUCGCUCCAUCCAGAGAAGGUUUGAAAGGUUCGUCGCUUCUGUGCCUGGCCCAGGGACUCCGCAGCCUCUCAAGCACGCGUCCCCGCUACGGGAUUGUCAUUUCGUACCACUCGCCUGCCUGCGACAGCACGCCGCUUUCGAAGGGCUGCUCCCGUGUGGAAGGACAGGAAAACCCCAGUGGUAGCGCGACAGACGCCUCGCCGUCGUCGCCUGCAUCUCCAGCUUCCCAUGCGCUUUCGUGCGCCUCCUCUCGCGAACCUCAGGCCGUGAGUGGCGCCCAGAAUCCUUGUCGUCGGCAGUGCUGCUCCGGCGCCCGUCCCCCCCCUCCUUCCCUCAGUUCCGCGUCGGCCUUCGCUUCUGCUUCUUCCCCUUCUUCUCCUUCUUCUCCUUCUUCAUCUCCUGCGGCGUCCUGCGCUUCGCGGCCGAAAGGAGGUCGCUCAGACGGAGGCGCCAGCGGUGAAGGGACGGCCGCGUUUACCGGCGUUGCCGAGUUGUCUGAAGGGAACCCGAACGAGUUCGAUGACCCGGCACGCACUGCGGAUAGCACCGUCCACCUCCCGUUUGACGCUAAAGAGACUGCUUCAAUGCUUCCUUCCUCAGGCUACUCUUUUCUGGGGGGUUCGUCUCCAGCUCGGCUCUUCUCCUUCUCGUCGCUUCCUGUAUGCUCCUGUCUCGCUCAGGCGUCGCUGGCUUCUUCCGCCUGGUCUGUGUCCCGUGCGGACGCGGUGGUUGUCCGCUCUGGCCUUCUCUCGGGCGUCGUGGAUUGCCGGCGGCUGGCGAGUCAGCUUGCGAAUCUGUCCUCGUUCUUCGCCCUGCUCCAAUCCGCCGCGUCGGCAUCCACGAGGUCCGACAGGCGGAGCGAAGAGACGGAACCUGACAUCGGCGAGGCGCUUCGCGCCGCACAGGCCGAAAAGGCAGAAAAAACGGAACGCGACGCCGAGAGAGGAUCGUCUUCGUCUGGAGUGGCGUUUCAGUUGGCGCCUGCAGCGACACUCGAUGUCGCCCUGGGGCCAGUCUCCCUUCUUUUUUUCUCACACGCGGCGCCUUCCCUCUCUUCCCCAGAUGCGGAGUGCACGGCCGCCAGCCUCAGAACCGAACGCAGCGCAGCGGCAGGCGAGCCGGGCGAGGAGGAAGCGAGCGAGAACGGCCUCGCACGCGAAGCCCACGCGGCACACACCCCGCGAGGGGCUGGUGUGCGUGUGGCGCUUGCGCGUCUCAGUCUUACGGGACAAGUCCCCGUGUCGCUUUGUUUUUCGUGCGAGCGAGACAAAGAGGAACCGCAAACACGUGCGGGCGUCUGUGCAGCCCCAGCGAGUUCCGCUUCGCUGGGUUCGCCCCCGUCCCCCCAGGCUGCCUGCAGUUGGUGGCAAGCGCCCUCCGCCGGCAGGGUCGGUCUGCUUCCACAGGCAACUUCGCUUCCUUCGUCGUCCGGCGCCUCUUCUCCGCGUGCCUCGCCGUUUCCGUCUCUCCCCGUUACUUUCGGUUUGCCUCUUCGCGCGCGGCCCUCCGUCGCACCGCGGCAUCUCGGCGACUCCCGGCCGGCGAGCUGUGAGCAGUUGAGACCAGCGGAGAGAGCCCCGCGAGCGAGGAGGACCAGCGUUGAGCCCGCAGGCGAGAAAGAGACAAAUCCGCAAAGACACGGAACUCUUCCGUCGUCGGGGGCGGCGGCUCAGCUUGGGCGAGGCCGCGGGGCGGGGCGGGGUAGAGACAGAGACAGCAGAGGCCGGUUGCGUAGUGGGUCGGGAGACACACGCGAAGACGCGGAGCCGGUGGAGCCGGGAAGGGUUGCCGACCACGCGCGAGGCGAGCCGUGGUGCCGGGAACGCCAGUGGACACGGCCGCUUCUGAGACGCGUACGGGACGAAGAGUUUCCAUCUUAUGCGUCUUCGCCAUCGUUUGGAUCUCCCGUUUCGCCGGGUCGGUGUGGAGUCGACGCAGGGCUCCAGCUCGCCCUGGAGAGUCUCUCUGUCUGUGUCGCUUCCGACGUCUCUUUUUCUCUCUCGUCUUCAGAUUACCGUCUUGAGUGCGAGAGAACGGCCGCCUCGUCUGGAAGCGCGGACGCAGAAAGAGGAACCGAAGGAGGACUGCUCAGCCGGCGCGGUUCUCACGCGCCUGUGUCUGUUUCUCCGACCUCCCGAGGCGGGGAGGGAGAAGUGGAAAUCGAAGGAACCCGACACUGUCCCCCCCGACGUGUGCGGGAUCGAUGCGCGGGACAUGGAGACGGUGAACGACGGGGCUUCAACGAGGCAGAUGAGCAACGAGUUGAACCGGUAGCGGGAAGGCGCGGCAAGCUGGUGGGAGACAGCGUAGACCAAACUCGGGGCUGCCGCAGCAUUCGACGGCUGGCGGCCGCAAGAGCAGUCCGUCACGCGCGCCGACCUCUUCGGUCGUCGGCGCCUGCCGUGAACUUUGCUUCGCCUCAUCCCAGCUGGACCACGGUUGUUCCGCCUGUGUCUGUGCGCAUCGCCUCCGCGUGGUUUCCGGCCUUUCCCCUUUUCAGACAGGUCGAGGCCGAGAGGCAGCCGAGGCCGGACAAGGAGACCGAUCCGUGCGCGCUGCCUGUAUCUCUCGCCUCUUCCUCAUGCUUGCGCGCGGGGCAUGCGCCUGUCCAGACGGCUUUGUCUGGAGGCAGACGAUCCAGCGCAGUCACAGAGAAAUCACAGAGAGGCCUGACCCCCCAGAUUUCGUCUCCUACAACGGCCGGAGGGGAACUAAGGGGUGGCCUCGGCGACACUGAAGGAACAGAAGACGAAACGAGGUGGCCGAUGAUAGACAACGAAUGCCAGUCGCUGUCCUCUCUCCUUCAGGUUGAGACGUGGAUUAGCCCCAUGGCAUUUCUGGUGACCGAAGAAGCGUAUCGUGUCUCCGUGGCGUUUGCUUCCUUCGCGCCGCCGUCGUCGUCCCCCGCCUUGUCCUGUGCGGACCCUUGUUCCUCGACCGACGAGGCGGGCGUUCUUUCCGACACAGACGCUGGUUCAGCCGAGUCGUCCCUCUCUGCUCGCCGGUUGCGCGCGUGCACGCCAUGGCGAGCCAAAACAGACUCGGAGGAACACGAGAGAGAAACCGGGAAUCGCAAGGGUAGAUGGGCACGCGCCUCUUCGUUUUUGGGAACGAAUCUGGACGAGACGGCCUGGGACGCCGUGCACAGUUCUAGGCAAAACACUCAGCGUGAAACAAAGGGGGAGAGAAGGCGAGGCGACAGAAAAACGGUAGCUCGUCGAAGUGCGAAGGCCCGAGGGGAAGACAGUCGGGGAGGUGGCGAGAGACACGGCAGAUUCGAGACCGGAAGAGGAACGGAAAUGGCGAGAAGCAAUCUAGGAAGGACAUCGCAUUCGCGGCAAACCGAGCGAGCCGGUGGCGUCCCGCUGUACGACUGCGGGAAGACCCGCCAAGGAACGAGACGUCUCGAGGUGGGUGAGAGAACAGGCGACUCGAACGACAACGGUCACCGGAGACGCAUGGAUUGUGUUGAUUUGUCAGACGCGUUCCAGAGCGACGACAGCGAGACGCGCGUCCUCGAGACUCAGGAGGGCUCCUCGUUUCCGGGCAAAUCCCGUGCUGAAAUGUCUUGUCCUGUGACGUCGUCCCGGUCCCGCGUGAACCAGGAGACGCCUCCUUUGCCCACGAGUCCCGCGGGUUCGCUCUUGACGAGACUGAAGAUUCUUCUCGCGUUGCGCCUGGAACAGCUGUACAUUCGCUAUGAACACGAGGCAGCGGAGAAGCGGGGUUGUUUCGCGUGUGCCUCUUCGUCGUUGAACUCGUCCCCGGCGUCGCCUUCGUCACCGGUUGACGGGGCUGGGAAGACACUUUGCGGGGGGGCUACCUCCUGCCUUUCUCAUUUAGAGGUGUCCCGACAGCGAUUCGAGCGUCUCGGGUUGCACACACACUCCCAGGACAUAGGGCGAAGAGCAGAAGAAAGAAAUCGAAUUCUGCAAGGCGAAGCAUCCACGCUUCAUCCCUAUCACCUCCUGCACUACGCCCUCGAUCUCCGGGGCAUCGUCGCCGUAGUCUCCUUCUCUCCUUGCGCGUCGCGGCUACCUGUUUCUUCCGCUGUCAAGACCGCAGUCGCGGCGAGAGGCGAGGAAGGAGACUGCGGUCGUCUCCCUUCUCCGCGUUUCGCCUCGUGCACGGCAGGGGAUGUCUCUUCGGCCUUUGGAUCGACAGGGCCCUUCUCUGGCAAGGGAAGAACGAAGCCGCCGACAGGGCAGGAGCAGGCAGAGAAACACAAGGUGACAGGCGACGGGGAGUGGUCUUACGCAGAGAGCACGCAAGGCGAGAGCACGCAAGGCGCAAAGCGCAGAGGCCAGAGGCAGCCCGAAGGAUAUUUUCUUCUCGACGCCUUCCAAGCGCAUCUUGAAGGUCUCGACCUCCUGGAGCACGGGCGGAUCCGCGAAGAGGAACAAGUUCGACAGGCAGGAUUCGCGGCAGAAGAUGAGGGCGAAGAGGGCGGGGAAACGGGAGGAGGCAGGCGACGCGCAGGAGCCAGCCGACGGAGGCAAAAGGCCGAUGCCAGUGGCGAGAGUGACGAAGACGGCGAGGUUGAAGGACAUCGGGAGGGGUGGCCGCGGGUCGGACACACUGCGACAGAGGCGAUGGAAGCGGCUUCCGAGGAUGCGAGGCAGCGAGGAACGGAGAGACCACGAAACCUACAAGAGUGGGAAGCCACCCCGCUCUGUUGCUUCUGCUCGAGGGAAGAAGACGCAGCAGAAGACGAGGAUGGCAGGCUGGAAAGUUCCGGUUUCUCGCCUGCGUUUCGCAAGGCGCUGCGGCCUCUCUUCUGGCGGGUCGCGCCAGCCCCGUUGCUGGUCCGCAGCUUCGCGACUCGAGCGGACGAGGAGCCUGCAGGCGAGAGCGCAGCAGUGCAAGUGAAGCAGGAAGCGGAACGAGCCCGAGACCACGCAGAGCCUGCGGGAGCUGGGCAGGAUGCCGACGUCGGUCGAGCACGAAGUUUCUUCAGCUGUCCCUCUUCGUCGCCUUUAAACUUGACACCCGUCUCUUCGGCCUCGCCUCGGUCCCCCGCUGCGGGACCUCCAUCGACUUGCUUUCCGCAGAGAAUAACGCCCUUCGAACUGAACGCCCAGACAGAUCGCGCCUCCUCUCUGCGGGCUCGCCGUUUCUCCCCUUCCCGGCCGCCAUCCUGUCCUCACUCUCCAGGCUCUUGCCACGUGUGCCUCGGCGGCGGAACAGUGUGGUCGACUGCGAGUCCUGUGCUCGCCGUUAUCCUCUCGACGUCUCUUCCCUCUUCCGAUUCGGCUGUCUCUGGUGAUCCGCAGCGAGAGCAACCUCUAGACAUGUGUGGUGCAUUGACCGACGAAGGCGGCCGGGAAUUUUGGCUGCAGUCCAUACCGUCCCUUCUGUCUCCCCCCAGCCUCUGGGGAUUGCCUCGUCUCCUCCCCGAGUCGCCUCUGUCUGGUGAACCCGCCCCUGGGCCGCAGUGCAUGCACCCCCAGUCCCGCAGGUCCGAUGUGACGAGGCAACAGAUCCAGAACAUGCAUUGUGUUUCUUUUCCUGCCGCUUUGUCUGCCGACGCAUCGUCGUCGCCCUGCCUUCUCUCGAGCUCGCCUUCUGCCGCUUCUUACAUGUUCACGUGGACUUCCCACGCCCAGAGUUUUCUGUCCUACCUAUCGCCCUCUCCUGGCGCGUCGCGAGCGUCUCACUGCCAGCAGGCGUGUCAAAGCGAAGACGAAAAGAGACAGAUGGGUAGACAGGUCCCGUGCUCGUCUGCGAGCCUCCCACCGGCGUGGUCAGCGUCCUCCGCCUCUCCGUCUCCUUUUCCGGCGGUUCUUCACUUCAGCUACUCGAGCUCUGCGUGCCUCCUAAGUGUCCAGCCCGCCCACGCCUCUCCGCCGCUCGCCUCUGCUUCUUCUUUGCGGCGUCUGAGUCAGGAACGUGGCGCGGAGCCGCGAAGGUCACUUCGGGGAGAGGAAGAGGUCGACGAAACGAAGCAAGAAGACACGCAGAACCCCAACGUUUCUCGUCCUUCGUGUGGACGAGGAGACGAAGAAGCCGUCGGCUGCCUGUCUCCCUUUUCCUGGCGUUGCCGGCUUCAGGUGCACGCGGCCAACAUCGCAGUCUGUCUCUCAGAUUCAGGGCUCAAGCGUCUCUUCUUUGUCGGAUCGUGUUUCCAGGAUAGGGUUACGAGGCAUGCAAAAAGCCCGACUGUCGAGCGGAGCGAGAGGUUCCUGUCUCUCGCGGCUGCUCGCCCGGCGCCGGUUUCAGGCUCUCCUGCUUCACCUGUGUCCUCACUGUCACUGUUCCGCCUCUUUCCUCUGUCCUCGAGCAACGUGGGCACGUGUCGGGCACAGAGGGAAGGAGAGGCAGGAGUCCAGGCGCGGAGGGAAGCACUUGAAACGACCGCAGCCAAAGAUCGAAAGGGAGAACCCUCACAGGUGCCGGGCGAGGAAGGCUGUGUUGCUGUGGAGAUUUCGGUUUUAUCUCUCCGUUGCCAAUGUGUGCACGAAGAGAUGACGUCCACACGAGGCAGGAACGGGCACCGAAGCUUCCGGGCUUCCGGGGAGCGUUUCUCGCGUUUUCCGCCUUCUGCCACUCUUUCUGUCGAGCACCGCCUUCUCCUUCUCUCCCGCGCGCUAGCCUCUGCGUCGGCUUCCUCCUCUUCGACGCCAGCGGGGGUUCCCCCCAGGCGGCAGCUAGUGAGGGCCGGAGAAGUGGAGGACGACCGCGAGGCAGCAAGAGGCAGAGAAGACGCAGGAGCAAGGGCGGCAACAGGCGAAACGAACGUCGCCAUGCGAACGGCGCCGAGCAGCGACACUUGGAAGCGGGCAAAGCCUCCCGUGAACGCGGCCGUGGUGCGAGAGGAUGAAUCUGUGCACGACCUGCACGGAGAUAUGCGGCUGCCAGGAACAGCGCUUUCCCAGGCGCGACGAAGAGGCCGCGCGCAAAGGGGCGACGCCGGGAAUUCCGCCGGCCGGCGUGUCUCUCCGUUUCUCUCUGUGGCUGUCUCGCGCAUUGCCGUUCUCUCUGCUCUCCGUCUCGCCACCACCCCCGGUGCGCACGCCAGAAAGAGGGACGUAGAGACACGAGACCCGCAGAUGCCGACCGAAGAGGAGGCGGAAGGUGGAAGUCGAGAAGCCCGCAUGCGCCACUCUGUUUGGAGAGUGAAGAGCUGGCUUUUCCUUGGGGGCGGCGCGAGGGUUGUCCAUGUUGCUGAGAUGCCUGCGAUAUUUCCUGGGUCAUCUUUCUGUCGGUCCUCUUGGUCUUCUCCGCUUCCACCUCCGACUGCCUCUCUGGCGCUCCAGGGGCGAGACUGCGGGGAACCGCGGCCACGGGGGGCGCGAAUUGGAAGGCCCGACACACGCCGAGAAAAGUCAGAAAUUAUCGUCUCCAGAUACGACGGCGAAGAACACCAGGCCUGCGGACGGUGCGCCGAUUCGUUUGGUCUCUGGCUAGCCCUCGUCGAGGUCGACGCGCAUAGGGCUCCAGGCCACGGAGCCCAGGAAGACGCGGACGGUCCGCAGAACGCUCAGGAAGACGAGCGAGAAGAACGAGAACACGAAGACGGUCAGGACCCGAGAACAGAUGUGGAGCCUUCAGACUAUCGCUUCGCGUCAGCCUGGUCGCCUGGCGUGCCUUCAUCAUGGGGAGACGCUCGGACGGCAGGCAUCGCCUCGGCGUCGUUAGGGAGGCGCGGAGCUCAGCAAGGACGGAGGGCGGAGAGGCAGAGGACAGGCAAAUGUGCGGUCCGCGUGGGGAAGGUGUACGCGAGGCUGGGCGUUUCUUUUCUUCUUCGAACAAUGUGGUGGAUGUACAAACUUCACCUGGCCACAGAGAAGAUCGCUUCGUACUUUCCGUCUCUGACGCGCAAGGCCGACGGAGACGGUCCUCGACUUGCGCACGCAGGACGCGGAAGGGCGAAGAGCCGAGAGGAGCCUGAGGGAGAAAACGGGAGGAACGGCAGCGACCGCGCCGAAAGGAGAAAGAGAGGACGAAGGGAGAAAGAAGAGUCGGGACGGCGUGCGAGAGAAACCUCUCGGUCUUCUCUCUCUCCAUCUUCUUGCGCUCCUUCGUCUGGAGAUGCCAGCGACGCCUCGAUGUCCCACUCUGUGGAGCGCCGAAGACACCGCUCUCUCCACCUACGUCGUUCUGCGACCUCGCGUCCGAAAUCGGUUUCUGCGUCGCCGUCGCCUGGAUCAACUGGGCUUCCUGGCGGGGGCGACACUCUGGCGGCUUCCGUCGUUGCUGCGCUUCCGCGUCUUGAGGGCGUCUGUCUGUACACCGGCGACUUUUUCGUCUCUUUUGGCCCGGACCGGGUCUCUUCUUCACCUUCUCUCGAGCUUCGGUGUUCUCGAGGCCUUCUCGCGCUGCCCCUAGAUCUGUCUCGAGGUUGGACAAACCUGCAGGAUCUUUACGCCGUCGACGCCGCACUCCCAUCGACGGAAACGCCUCGGCCCGCCAGUGAGGCCCGCAUGAUCUUCGCUCCACCUCCGUCUUUGUUCCCUUCGUUCUCCUGUUUCUACGGCCCGCAACAGGUCAAGCAGACUGGACAUUGCGACUGCCACCCGGAGACGCACACUCGGUCUGAUCUCGAAUCUCUUUCGCUCUCUCUGGUGGACGCCGCAAAGGCGACCGCCGCCGGGACCCUCUUCCAUGGCAAGCCGCUGCGUCCCGCGCCUCCUGACGCGCUUGAUGCGCAUUCGUCUUCCUCUGGCUCACCUGGUGCCGGCUCGCCUCGCCCUCCGCGAGAAGGCGCGGACGCGGGCCUCUCUGGGACUGGGCGCGGGGAGGGACAGCCUCAGCCUCCAGUGCAGAGGGACACGAGGUGCGCACGAGGAGGUCUGCGCGUUUCGGUCGCUGCGCGAGAAGCCGAGACACAGGAGGCGCGGGGAAAAAAAGGCGCUCCGCAGGCAGCCCCGUCAAGACCCCUCUGGCCCCCACUGAGCCUGAAAAGCGGCGCAUUCAUUUCAGUCGUUUCGAUCCCCAGGCGGAAUCGCUCCGUGGAGCGCCGCGGGCAGGCGCCGAGCUCGUUUCGGCUGAGGGCACGAAGCGGCGCGAAUCCAGUUCCGGCGGCCUCGUACGCUUCCCUGGUUCUUCUGCAGCCGCUCUCGAUCUCCGUCUGUUUCACGCCGACCUCUCCGUCGCUUCCCCCCAUGUCGCCCUUCCCGUUUCGCGAGGAACGUGACGCUGUGGAUCCUGGCGAGCCGCUGAUAUUCUCCGACUGCCUUCAGAUCCUCAUUCCUCCUCUGCCUCCGGACCGGCAUCCGUCGCUUUCCGCUGACUCGGUUGGUUCUUCGCCGCGUCCCCCUGCUGCUUGUCGCGGCGAAAAUGCAGCCGAGUGGGGUGCGCGGGGUCUGCGCGCGGAGACCCCUCGGCACGACAGGGGCAGUCCUCGAGCGGAAACGGAGACAACUGUCUCUUCCGUCUGGGAUUCCACGGCGCGAGCUGAAGGUGACACUGCCUCGCUCGCCGGUCACGCAGAGCCUCUCAAGCGCGAAGCCACGCAAGCGACGCGGCGCCCCUGUCUGCAUCUGCGCUUCUUAGCGUCUCCCGCGCCUCCCUGCGCCUCUGGUCACGCUUCUCGUCAUGGCGGCGUGUCCUCCGCGGCGCGUUGCGCGCCCAACCCGGACGUCGCCCCUUGCGUCGGAGACGACGGGAGUGUCGCGUCCAACUCGGACGAGCAGGAACGAAGACGCUCCGGCAGAGGGAAAGCGAGACGGAAGAGAUCCCCUGCCGCAACCUUCGUUCCUCCGCGUUCUGACGGGUCCGUCUCCUCGUCAGUGUGCGGCACUGCGCCCUGCCAAACCUACCGGCUUCCGCAGCGCCUUCUCCGCCUCUCGCCGUCUCAGGCUGGCCGCCUGCAUGCAUUGUCUUCGCCGCGGGCGAGUUUGCCUCCGCCCGCAUGUCGCGGCAGCGGCCUGGCCGUCUCGGUCUCGGGCAAAGGCCUCGACUGGCUGGUGACCUGGGCCGCCGGCUGUGUCGAGACCGCCUUGGACACCGCGAAACGGAUUGCUGGGCCGUCGUUGUCUGCGUCUCCAGAGCCGCUUCCCUCUUCGCCCUCGUCGAGCUUCGCGUCCGCGCCGCUGUCGGACGCGUCGCGAUCGCCCUCCUCGCCUCUCCUUUCGCCCUCCUCCGCAGCCCUGUCGUCUCUGCCUUCUCUCUCCGACACGGCCCUCCGGAAGUCUCCGGGGAAGGAACUGCGCGACAAAAUCGAGAAGUGGUGGCAAGAGCCUGCGCCGUUCGAUCUGCGCUUCUCUGUUGAGCACCCAGCGCUGUACGUCCUCGGACGGGAAGAGGCGUUUGAGCGCGCAGCUUUGAAGUUGAAGAGAAUUGCGGCCGAUGAGACGCGGAGACGGCACUGCACGCGUUCCGCACCCGAGGCGAGCGAAGGGGACCAGAAGGAGAGAAGAGACGGGCGAGGUGGGGAGUGGGGACUACAGGCAGCGAGGAGCGCGAAGGACGAGACACACAUACCCGGAAGACUGGACGAGAAGGGAGGAAGAGGGGCGGAGCCGAGACAGCGAGGGCCGGUCGACACAGACGCUGAAGGCCAGACGCAUGCCAAGAGCGAAGCAAAGACCGCAACUGAACGGCGACUGAGGCGACACGCACCACGAACGCGGAACGGAGUGGCCCCGCAAAACGGGCCGUGCGCCUCUCACCAUUCAUCUCUCAUCAAGCAUGAAAAUGUGACUUACGCCUAUCCGUUUGUGUCGGGUACAGCCGAUCACGUAGACCUCUUUGUGGGUUACACGAAAGCGUUCAUUUCCUCUGUUCAGUGCAGAUGCAAAGAUCCGCGAGUCUUUGUCGGUGCCCGACCCUCACUUCGCAGUCAGCUUGGGUCGCUGCUCGCGUCUGUCCGACAGCAAGAAGCCGAAGCGCGGGAGGACGGCGAGGAAACCCCGCGGCGGCGAGAAGCGAGUGGGCGGCAGGGAGAGACCGCGAAGGUUGCGGCAGGGAGUGAAGCAGUGACAGAUGAGGGGGACACGAGAUCGCGGCCAGCUCGAGAAGGACGGGAGGUAAUCGCGAGACCAGCGAGACGAAGCCCUUCGCACUGUCGAGGCAAAACCAGGGGGGCGUUUGACCCGCGCCUGGGCGCUUCCUUGUCGCCUCCUUUUCUCUUCAUUCACCAGAUUUUCUGUGGAACGCCGAAGAGCGCGAUCAGCCCCACCACGGCGGCUCUUCUUCUCCCCUUCCAGUUUCCGAGGCUCGCCUGCGAACGUCUCUCACGGCCAGUCCCGAGCCCUCCCGCGGCUUCGCCCCCUGGUCUCGAGGCAAAGGACGCGUUCAUGUUCUCUCUCUCCGUCGUCGAGCUCGCCCCAGCGCGUAUGGCUUCCUCGCCGCGACUUUCUCCCUCUUCCUCAGCCGAGCUCAGGUCAGCUGCAGGCGCUGGGGCACCGAUGUCCGUCUGUGACGGGCGCGAAUUGUCGCACGAAAGGCCACGCGAGUUCCUUCGCCUGCGCAGACCAACCGCGAGUGAGGGCGCGCACGACGGAGACGAGAUUCACGGCAGGGUGGUUCGUCGCCUGUCUUCGGGUCUUUCCGCUGGUCCCCAGCACGCCAGGCUGCCACAUUCGAACCUGGCGAAAGAGCGAGAAGCGAAAGAGGCCGACGUCCAUACGGCUCCGACCACGACCUCCCCUGCUGUGCAUUUCGAGGCCACAGUUCUCGCUGUCCUUCCCGAGGCGUCCGUCGUCGUUCCUCUCUGGCUCGUCGCGGAUUUGCAGUCGCUCGCGCACUCGCUCUCGUCUGGUCUCUCGCGGUGCGAAACCAAAUGGACACGCCUGCAGAGACAAAUAGCUGCGGCAGACAGCGCGUGUGCGGACAGUGCAGGCGGUCGAGCGGCCGCCCACUGCGACUUUUCUCCGCUUCGCUCCCCGCGUUCUUCUGCCUCGGACGUCUGCCAGCAGGAAGGUGAAGAGCGCAACGAGGACCGACCGGAGUCGGCGAUCCCCGGUGGACGUCUCGAGACGCGAGGCGGGCGGCAGAGCGGCGAGCACGCGAGUGCACGGGCAACUGAGGCAGAAUGGGACGCGGAUCUGCUCGAAGGCCGAGGGCACAUGCCGUGGCUCCGCGGCUCUUGUGGCAUGGAACAGACAACGAAAUGCCAUUCGCGAGAGACGCACAACGCGUUGCCUCUUCUCUCUGGUUCGGUGGCGCCUUCCUCGGAAGUACCCCCUCCACUCUCCUCUCCGGAUUGCCCCAUGCCUCUCUGCCAUUCCUCGUACGCGCCUCCGUCGGCCUCGGGUCCUCCGUGUCCGCUCUUCUCGCCCCUCUCUGUCCCCCACCACGUGGUCCUCUGGGGAGAGCGACACAGCCCCAAGGAGGCCGAGGCUGCUAGUCGCCAGGCGCCCUUCGCGCCUGUCCCUUCACCGCGGGUGUCUCAGCGCGGCCUGCGAGCUGAGAGGCGUAGCGGACUCACCUUGCCUCCGGACGAAGAGAACGCGGUGGAGAAGCGGACGGCCGACCGCGAAAUCGCAGCUGGCAAGCUGCCAAGUUCCUGUCGUUUCACCUGCUCAUUCAAAAUCAUUUCCCUUUCAUUCUGGGUGACGGGUUCCCCGACGUCGGCUCUGGUCGAGGAGACAGAAGAAACGGAGAGCGGCGAGACGAGCAAGAGGCCGCACCGGAGAAGCGACGACGAAGAGCGUUUGUGGAGACUACUAAGGAAGCAAAUGCAGGCCCCAUCGAGACGCAAGCCCCGUACAUGCCGCGAGCCUCGCUCUCCCAGGCUGUCUCUCUUUUCACGAUAUGCUUCGGGGACCUCGUCGGCUUCGCUUUCCUCCUCGUUGCUGUCUUCGUUUUCCUCGGAUUUUGCCGACUCUGAGACGACACGACGCAGGGUUUCGAUUCAGCCCGACGGUAAAGGCGGGCGCAGGAAGCGUCGCAGUGAACGCUCGCGUGCCCGCGCCGCACCAGAUAUGGCUCUGUCUCGGUACGGAUCUAACCUGUUCUCGUCUCUCUCUUCAUCUUCAGCUUCGGGUCUCUCUUCCCCUGAGCGUGGACUGCAUGCGCCGGGCAGGCGCAGUCGGGUUGUGCCUGUCUCCGACGAAUCUUCGUCCUCCUUGGGGUCUGCGGCGAAGGGCAAGAGACGUUUCUUGGCGUCGCGUUCGCGCACAUCUUUGGGCUCCUCUGCUUCGCGUGCUUCCUCCCCGCGAGAAGGUGAAGGAGACAAAGGCGACAAUCGAUGUUCGGUCUCCCUCGCGCCCCUGUCGCUCUCUCAGCCGAGUCGCCGGAACCGGUGUCUGCUCCUCAACACGGAUUUGAGCAUGCAAAUCACGAGCGAAAAUUUGUUUUUCUUCCAGUCAGAGUCCCCCCCGACCUCCACAGAGGCACCGGAGCCUGGUGGGAAGCCCGCGCCGGGUCGUGUUCUUUCUUCGGUCGCGGAUCUUCAUUCCUCCUCGCUUUUGGCUUCCUCAGUUCCUGCAUCGCGGAUGCAGUCGCCUUCGCCCCGUGACUCGCAGCGCCGAGACUCCGCCUCGACUCUCGAGAGUCUGCAGGAAGACACUCACCCGCAGCCGGCCGCAGAAGCGAAGGGCCGAUAUAACGAGUCCAGCGAAAACGAAGGGGAGAGAGACAGCGGAACGAGCAGGGAAAGGGAGAAGCCUGGCUGCUUUCGCACCCUCCGGGGGUCUCUCAUGAGGGGGAGGGGAUUCGAGCAGGGCGAAGAAGAGAACGCAGAGAAAAGCCGUCCCGGGACUUCCUCCCGUUCUGCGUAUGGGCAAGUUUCGUCGCCUCGACGAGGCGGGGGACGCAAGACACCUCCGCCAGGCAGAACCGCCGCCGAGUCUGGGGACAGUCCUGACGUUUCUUUUUCGUCUUCUCGGGUGGGCGAAAAUCGCAGGAAGGAAACGAACGAAACGCGAGAGCACAGAGCCACUCAGGCACAAGGCGCCGGCCUCGAGGCUGCCAUUCUUCGAGCGCGGCCGCCGCCCUUCUCCGUCAAUCUCGACCUCGCCACAUCGACAGUGAUGGUGGGUGAGCUCGAUGUGGCCCAAUCGCUUCUGAUUCCUCUUCCCCAAAGAGACGACCCGAUACUUGCGCGGUGGCAAAAGAAGGGGGGAUUCGAUGAGGCGCCCGCGAGGACGCCCAACGAGGCAGCGAAGCCGAUGGUUACCGGGGCUGCGCCUAGUUCACUUUCGACUCCCUCAGGAAUCCUUGUGCUUGUCUCGUGGCCUUCUUUCCGGGAUUGUCGAUUCCUCCGUCUCCCGCGUCUCUGCCCGUCGGUCUCAAACACGCCUUCGUCCUCUCCACCGUCGUUCUCUCCGUACGAGGUCUUGCGUUUCCUGGACCCCAACUCGCCUACUUUCGGCCUGUCUCCUGCUCUCUCCUCCGACCGCGAAGACGCCAAAGCGCAGCUUCGCUCGCAGCCGCCGUCUCCCCUCACGGGCCGCAAAGGCGCGUCUUCCGUAUGGAGCACUUCCAGCUUGGUUCUGCCCUCGGAUGUGUCCGAUUUCGACGAGACGCAGGACGGCGUGCGAGUCAGAAACAGCCGCGAAAGAGGCAGAAGACAGGGUCAGACGAGAACGCCGCGAAAGGCGCGAGACGGGACCACGCGGCCGCAGGGAGACAUCGCCGGGGCGUUUGCAUGGCACCGCGAGGCGCAUGCACGGAGACGCGACACCGAACUCCACGAGGGAACGAAGAGCGAAAAAGGAACCGGCUGUGGACAAAGGGUGAGGCGAGACAGCACAGCCGUCGCGCGAAUGCCUCACACGCCGACAGGCGAUUCUUCAGCUCUGUCGGAAGAAGACAGACCCGGACGCGAGAUGUGCACACGGCUCAGAGACGUUUUAGUUGCCCCGGUCGUCGCGGCUAUUCACCAAACGGAUCGGUCGCUUCGUCCUCUAUUCGAGCACCCGUUGAAUUUCUCGCUCCGGUUGUCUCUGAAUCCAGCCCAGACUCCUUCCUGCUCUCCGCGGCCUUCUGUGGGGACUGCACUCCGCGCCCGAUACGAGACACUCCACUUCACUUGCAGGACGCAUCUCGUGGCUUCGCCGUGUCACGUGCUGCUUUGCGGCUCGGAUAUCGUUUUGCUCCGCAAUCUGGCGAGGGAUCUCAGCACGAUUGUGGAGCGAGACGGCAACCAACUCGGCGAGCGACAGCUGAUAGCGGCUCUUUUCCAGCGCGUCACGCUCCCCCUCCGCACUUGGUCUGAAGCGGCGACGCAGGAGGGGAGGGCGGCAGACGCCUGCGGUCCUUCGGCGGAACCCCGCGCGGCGGGAGACGAGAGCGAAGAGGAGAAUGUGGGGACAGGCGAGCAGGGAGGAGUCAGCGAGGGGGAGGCCGAAACAGACUCCGACGCUGACGACGCGUCUAGCGAAGCUGAGGACCGAAUCUCUGGAGACGACAGACAGCACAGGGACUGUGCUGAAAGCGGACAGGGCGCAGUCGGAAGCGUCGAGUGGGACAUACGCUUUGAAGGCGGACUCGAGCUGACUCUCGCGCGCUGGCCGUUCCUGACUCCCUUGGCAGUAGGCGGUUGUGACCGCGUGAAUUUUUCGUUUCUCAGGAACGCAGCCAAUCCCAAGCAAACAGUCAUGGCCAACCUAGGACUGCGCCAGGUCUAUUUCUCGCUUAUCCAAGAUCCUCGUCCUGGCCAGCCCGCGGACGGCGGCGUCCCAUCCCAACUGAUCCAACCCUUCAUCUCUCCACUUUCUCUCCAGCUUUCGUUUUUGCGGUUUCCGUCUUCCCCCCCCGUCCUUGAAGUGUCCUUUCCGACGCCGCUGCGCUUUGAUAUUUCUCCCUUGCUUCUCCCGCUCCUGCUCCUUCUGCCCCAAGAGCUGUUUUCGUCCUCGCCCGCGUCUUCCUCUCCCGAGCGCUUGCGAGAAGACUCCCUGCUUCCGCUGUUUGUGUACGCGCCGUAUCGCGCGUACUUCUCGCGUGAUCUGUUCCCGGUGUCUUCUGCCUCUUCGUCCUUGCUCGCGCAUUCGGCGGCCGGUUUGAGCCGCUUCGGCAGCUGGCGCCCAGGGGGAGCGUCGGGGAUGUCUGCUUUCCCUUCGACUCGCAGGCCGUCGUUCCUGAGUCCGAGCCAAGAAAAGCUCCACCGAGAGGUCCCCGAGAGAACCGCGAAGCACGCGGCGGGACGAAGAAGGGACAUGGGCCAGCACUUCUUCUUCUCCUUCUUUCCUUCUCCGUUCUUCGCCUCCUUUUCGCCGCCCCACGUCCUGGGAUCUCGGCCGACGUCACUCUCUCGGAAGGCUUCCAGGCCAGCAGGCGAAGAAGGGACAGGCGAGCCGGUGACGAUUGAGAGGAGCGAAGGAAAACCGAGGCCGAGUGGGACUGCGGCGGACCAUUGUGCCCGAUAUGGAGAAUCAACAAAACCAACAGGGGUUUCCCACGGUGGAGCAGAAGAGUCUUCCUUGGCCGCAAGCAGGCGCCUUCACUCCAGGAGCCCGUUGCAGAAGGCGCCUCUCUCCGGGUACAAAGGAGCGCAGCAGGCAAGCUCGCGGGAAGCUCGGAGGGGCAAGAAAGGGGAAGUCAGACGCGACAGUGCUGGCCUCGGAGAAGACACCCUGAGAGGGUUGGGACCUCAGCGAAUGCUGGAGCCGUCGACUGGGUCUUCUGCGCCCUCGUCGCCAGGCAUGCAGAGACCGGAGAGAGACGAGGACCGCGAAACCGUGGGAGAAGACGCUGAACGGGGCGAACGCGACAGCUGCGGGUUGCCUGUUUUCACGUGCUACGACGUGCGCCAAGUCCCGCAGUACUUCAACCCCGCCUACAGAGCGGACACCUGCUGGCUGAGAAACACCAGCUGCCACGUGCUGCUGUAUCGCGCGACCGCGUCCGCCUCCAAUCUGUUCCAAGAAGGCGUUCUUCCGCCCAAAUCGGAAGCCCUGCUCCACCACUAUCUGUCGCUCUCCACUCUGAAGCUUUCACUAGUCGACGACCCGGCUUAUAUUCGGGAAAUCGAUUUGCCGGCUUUGCGGCAAGGCAGGCCAGCGGCUGGAACUGGGGAGCUCUGGGGGGCCGGUGAGGAGCGCAGCAGACGGGGCGAAGGCCGAAGGCGAAAACGCGAGGAAGAGCGAAGCGAAGCGAAAAGACGACGGUCGCGAAAAGGGGGCGAACGGGAAGAGGGGAAGCGGCCUGGACGAAAUGCACAGGAUUUAACAGCGAUCGAGACUUCCGAGCGCGGGACGCGGGUCCUUGUCUUGGGGUGUCCGCUGCGCAUCCGCAGUCAACUCAAUCUGCCCAUCGAGGUCAUCUUCCUGGCUGAAACGGACGCCACGUCGGACUGGCUCUGCAAGUUGAUGCCGCACGAGUGCCAGGCAGUCCCUCUGAACGCGGCGGCCUCGAGCGUGAGCCUCAUCGUGCGCAUGCAGAGUGAAGCUGGGCCAGUGUGGACGGCUUCCUGGAAUUUUCGGCAAGCCCUCUUCUCAGCACCUCAGCCGUUUUCCGAGGGGAGGACAGGCAGGUGCGAGAUCCUGACGGCGUGCGUCUCCUCGAAACGAACGUUCGUGUGCGGCGUCAAAUGCGACAGGGUGGAUCGCGGCACAGCCGUUCUCGUCACGCUCUUCGAACCCGUGACGCUGGUAAACCACCUGCCGCAUCCCCUUUCCUUCUGUGUUGUCCAAGACUACCCGCGUCGCGUGUCGCAAGAGACCCUUCCUGGAGCGUCGCGCAAAGGCUCAACUCUGUUCGACUGGAACAAGCCGCUCGCUGUGCGCCUGCGCUGCCCAGGCGGCCUCUGGAGCGCGGCGCUGAGCGUUGCUCUUCCCUCGACAACGGUUGCAGUGUUCACAACAGGCGGCUUAGAGGCCGACGCGCAUGCGCGGAAGCGGGCAAAGGAGCGCCGGCACGAGGGGAGCGGCGGCACGCAGGAGGCUCUGAGAGACAGAAAAGGCCAGAGCAGCGAACUCGUUUUGUUCCGCGACUCCUCGAAUUCUUCAUCUCGCUCCUCGUCCUGUCGUUCGCCCUCCGCGUCGUCCCCUUUCGUUUCUCCCGGUUCAUCGCCGCUCUCUUCCUUGAGUCCCAUCUGCCUUCCAUCUGCCUCCUCCCGGCUGCAGCCGCGCACGUCUCUUCUGCCGCCCUCCGGCGCUCGCACUGCGCCUCAGGCUUCCGUUUCCUCGCCGCUUCCUUCGCGCACGCCCCCCCCUCUCCUCGGCCACGAGACCCGCGAGGCGAGAGAAGCGAAGCGGUUUCCGUCCUUCUCCUCGGCCUCGUCCUCGUCUGUGUGUGGCGGAGGGAGAGACGGGGAGACCCAAGUGAGAGGGGGAGAGUGGGUGCGUUCGGACUCUGCCGAAGCGAGCGAGCGAGGGGACGCGGGCGACGGCUGCGAACGGGUCAACUCUCCGCGCGAAGGCGAUGUCUUUUUGGCGCCUCCGAGAUUCAUCGAGCGGCGCAAGUGGAAGCAAGAGCAAGUCGUGACGCUCGCUUGGCGUGAACAGGGGAAAGCGUCGCUUGAGAUUCUCGUCACCGCCGAGUUCGAUGGCUAUGCUUUGAUGGUCAGUUGUCGGGCCCGUUUCUGGUUCAUCAAUUUCACAUCUCUCGCCCUGGAAUACUGCCCCGUGCUUCGGACGCCGUCGGGAGCGGACAUCGUCUACGGCGACUCCGUCGCGCUCGCGCCUUCGCCGUCUUUCGUCUCCGCAAUCUUUACGGAUCCGCGGCUGGAAGAGAAAUACAAAAAAGUCGAAAAUCUCUUCCUCCCCACUCCGGCCCUCCCGCGCCCCCGCCCUGGCUCCGCUUCCGCACUGCCGUCGGCUGCUCUCGCGUCGGGGACAGCCUCCCUAGCCGGGGGCGACAGCCUCGCCGAAGCCGCUGGAAAGCGCGAAGGCCGACGAGGCCGUCUGUUGGCGUCUGAAGUCAAGGCUGAGGCUUCGAAGCCGCAAGGGUGGACCGUGUCGCGCGGGCCCACAAACGCCGAGUUGUCGUCUUCCUCUCGCGACUCUCGAUCUUCGCGUCGGUCUUCCUCGUCGCUGCGGUCUCACCCCACAGCUCACCACCCGCAGAGAGGACGAAAUGGUCAAAGAGCGCCGAGACACUCGAAACGAAAGGAGUCGGCUUAUCCAGCAGCAGUUGCCUUCCCUCGCUUCCACUCGUUUUCCCACACAGGGUUUCUCCUGAAAACGGGGACCACGGCGGGCUACACGCGAGAGUUUGCGAUCUUGAGCCCGAAGCGACGCACGCGCACGGGCCUUUGGGGCCCGUCCUGGGCCCGCGGAGCCCCGGGGCCCGCCGCGGGGACGCGGCACGCCUCCGCCCCCCGACGCGACGGGGGCGGCGCCGCCUCCGACGGCGAGGGCCGAAGGGGCGAGAACGAGAGCGGCGGCAGAGAGCGACAGAGAGACAGCGAACGGGGACGGAGAGUCUCGUACUCUGCUUCGCGCGACGACCCACGUGAGCGCGAGAGAGAACACAAAGGCGGAGACGAAGAGGAAUUAGGAUGUGAAGAAGAGCCAGGGUCGGUGGGAGCGACAGUUGUCGCUCUCGCACCAGGCGUCGACAUUGUCUACACUUGCAAGCGCCUCGGACCGGAGUACGGCUCUCCAAUCGUCCUCACGUUCUCACCCAAGCAGGUCAUCAUCAACAGAUGUCCCUUUUCCAUCGAAUACAAGCAACUCCGAGCCGCGCAGUCGAGCGUCGAAGUUCUUCGUCCGGGACAGGCAAAGCACCUCGUCUGGCCCAUGGCGCUCCACCCCCGCUGUCUGUGCGUGCGACGCAACCUGUCUCUGCCGCAUCCUGCCUUUUUUAUGGCGGAUCUUUCUUCUCCCCUCGUCCUCUGCUCCUUCCGUUCGUCCCUCUUCUCUUCUCUUCCGCCUCUUUCUUCGUCGGCCCCAGCUGCGGUAGCAGAGCGAGGCGGCAGGUUCGCGGCGGAGACCGCACACGCGAUCCCUGACGGGAAGGCGCCCUUCAGACGGGGGCGGAAAACAAGGGACUCCACCCCACCGAGCCGGCCUCCAGACGGUCCUGGCCACGACGCUGGGGGGGCGGCUCCCCCUGGUUUGGCUGCGAUGUCUUCGCCCUGUGCCUGUCUCCCCUGCUCUGCGUCUCCAGAAGAAUGUCUCUCCUCGGAGUUGGAGAGACGGAUGUUCAUCGAGCGAUGCAUCACGACCCUGUGCACGCUGCAAGGCUACCGAAGUCUGUGGUCAGUGCCUCUGGAUGUCUCCAAGCGCGUCGACGAGCAGCUGGCGGUGUACACGAAGCCGCCCGAGAAGACGCAAGAACAUCCGCUUCUGUCCCUGUUUAAGUCCCGGCAGCGCCUCUUCUCGCGGUCGCCACCUUCGCCGCGUUCUUCGCUUGCGUCUCCUGCCUCCACCAACGCCGAACAAAGAGGCGACAACGACGACGCACGUGGCGAUGCGCCCCCGGUUGCACGCCUCGAGACAGACGAAGCUGGGGACGCAGGCAGGGAGAAGAGCGCAUGCCGCGGUUGGGAACGGGGCGUCGGGGAGAAGAACCCGAGGCAGGAAGCGCUGUUCAGUGCCGUCGACCUCUCGCCUUCCGCCUCGGUAGCUCCACGUCAGCAUGUCGACAUCCUCCGCGUUCGCGUGACAGAGCGUGACGGCGUUCAAUUCAUCAUCAUCUCCUCCCCUUUCACGUUUCCCUCGCGAAGACGCUUGGGCCCGGAGUUUCUGCGACUCCUCUCUCCUUGCUUGGGCGCGCCGUCUUCCCUCGCUCUCCGGAGGUUCCUCCACCUCCUCCGCGUGCUUCUUCCAGAGCUGCGUGUGGCACGGCCGUGUCUUCCUCUCUUUCCUCUCCCUUGGGCGCGAGCACCGCACGGGAAAGAAGCCGAAAGGCACAGGCAAGAGAUGAUCUCCGGCGAGGUCGCACGCAAACGCACAGGUUCAAAUUGCUCCUCAGACGGUGAACCGCAGUUGUCGUCUUCUGGGGAAAAUCGCCCCAGCGACGGACGCAGGGACAGAGAGGCAGACAGGUCGUGGCUGACAGGUGAAGAGGACGCAGAAAAGGACCCAGCGAUGCAUGCGCGAACGCCGCAUCCAGAGCCGUCCGAGGGAUACACGUCUGAGUGCGAAACCGAAGGCGAGCGGGAACUGUACGGGGCGAAUGGCACGGAAAGCGAAGAUGUGGAUUUGCACGAAGAAGAGACGUGUUCGCCGCGGAUUGUGGUGACAAACAAAUUGAUUCUGCCGUUGUUUCUCAGUCAGAAAGGACGUUGCCACGGACCUAUCGAGCUCCCGGCAUGGUCCUCCUCUGCCUUUGCUCUGGACAUUCCGUCGGGGAGCAAAACGCUGCAGGUGGCCGUUAAGAGGACGUACUGCGCCUAUGUGCCAGGUCCCGCGAAUUUUGUUUGUUUCCCUGCAAACUCGAGAGAUGCGAAAGACGGAAAAAGCGACCGUGUACAGCGUCCCUGCGAAGGACAACACAACCCCCCCGGCCUGACGCAGGGUAAGGGGAUCUUAGGAGACAGGGGGAGGGACGGUGACGGAGGACUCGAAGGCCGCGAGGACGAAAGCGGGAACGGACGGGAGUCUGAACACGGCAACUGGCCCGUGGACGACGACGCAGAGGAGACACGACACGAAGCUGACAAAGAGGAAGUGGAGGGCGAGGGGAGGCAGGUCGGCGCUGGAAGGGCGAAACCACACGAAGGGACAAGAAGAGACAGUUUGGUUUCUUUUCUGCCGACCUCGUGUGUUCGCCUCGAACGCGCGCCAACCCUCACAGGUCUCGAGGCCACGAGGUUUUCCGCUGCCGGCGUCCUGGACUGUGGACACGAAGCAGGGAACGCGAACGGAUCGGCGGCUCACCGCGAGGAUGGGAAACAAGGCGAACGAAGGCAUGACGUUUGCAGCGGGGAAGAGAGUCCCGCAGAACGGAAAAUGGAAGGGGAAGACACCACGUGCGCGAUGGAGCAAGACCUCGUCUGCCGGGCUCUGAUCACUUCGCACGAGGCCCCGCGUCUGUAUUCCUCGGAGCGAAAGAAGGGCGAGCCGACGACCGCGCACGAGAGAGAAACGUUAGGCGAUCCGGCGCCCGCAGAGUGCCACGAAUACCUAUCUCGGUGGCAAGCGCUGUUUGCAUCAGUCGAAGACGAAGAAGCGAGUCACUUGUUAGACGUCGAUCUCAACGUCGAGGCGACCCUGCCGUUUGCUUUCACCUUCGGCUUCCUCGCCGUGAAUCCAGUGGGAGGGGACGGAGCGGCCGCGGCCGGCAGGCGUGGGACGGCAAAACCUGCCGAGCAACGCGAGAGGGAGGGUGCAUUCGCCGCGACGCUCCGCGCGUCUCAGACUUCAGCAGAGAGGCUAGGUGGGGAUCAGGACUCGCGGCCUCGAUCUGUGCCUUCGGGCCCGUCGUCCACGUCUUCGGCCGUCGCCGCAUCUUUUUCUCUUGGCGGCACUUCCCUGCAGUCCGUUGUCGAUUCACGCGGAGGCUCCGCAGACGGCAGUCUGUUCGCGUCGUCAUCUCUCGCGCGCGGGCCUUGCGUGGCAGGUCGCCUCGAGGGUGGGUUGGCCUCUCCCGAGCUGAGCUCUCGCCAAGGUGGAGACGCGACAGAAAAGCUUGGAGAGGACGAACAUCCGAGAGAGAGACACGGAGAAUUGUCGGGCGAGCGGUGCAAAGGCGAAGGAGACGGCGAGGGAACGGGGCUCGACGAGAGAGGGCCGCUGUCGGGCUUCCUGCGACUGGCUGGCGACGGUCCCCGGGGAAGAGAGGACAUGAUUUCCUCGGUCCUCGGCGAGGGAGGAGCGCAAGGCGCGCAGGCCGAAAACGGACAAGAGGAGGAAGCGAAAGAGAGCGAAAGACCGGAGGCAGAACAGGCAGGGAGACGGCUUCAGCAGAUGGGGAAGGCAUCAAUUUCAGCUUGGCAUGCCGACUCGCCUGUUUCCCACUGCCUCCCUGCUUGCUCUCGCAGUGCAGAGAAGGCACCAGAGCACCGGGACGCUCUUCGCCGAGGCGAAGACGAUGCCGAACCGCCAGGCGGCAAAGGGCGAAACCAAGCCGGGAACGAGGAAGGUGUGCUGCCUCCAGGCGCAUCUCUUUCCCGCUCCUCAGGAAAGAGGAGUGGGGUGCCCGCGGCGAGAACCACCCUUCUGUCCUCUGAACACGCGGCCCCCCCGUCCUCGUCUGCCUCUUCAUCUGCCUCUUCAUCUGCCUCUUCAUCUGCCUCAUCUUAUCUUUCUCAGGCUGCGUUCGUGGCGCAUGCGUGGGCGACUCGCCGUCUGGUGCCGUCUGCAUGUCACCUUCUUCUCUCGCGCUCCUCCUCCUGGCAACUCUUCUCGUAUGUCGGGUGUAUGCGGAUUCGUCGCAAGGGUGGCACGGUUUCACUCUCCAUUUCGGGGCGAAUUUUCCCUCGGACGCCGUUCCGCCCGCCUUCUUUCCAUUUGGCGCUUCCUACGCUCAGUUCACUUCUUCCUGGCUUCUCGUCUUCGUCUCCUGCUGCGGGGCAUGCGGGAGCGACAGAGUUGCCGGGUGGCGAACGCGAAGGCAACAAAAACGAAGCGAAGACACAGAGACGCGAAGACACCCUACCAGCAGAGGCGAGAUGCGAGACAGCAAAGGAAGUGGAGACAGGCUCCCAUUUCCGGGGCCACGAUUGCGAGGACAGCGAGGGCGAAGAAAGAGAAAGGAGAGGCAAGACGCGACGAAGCGCGAGAAUCCAAGGCGAGAUGCCCUCGAAAGAGAGACAGGUCGAGCCUUCGCCGGCUCCUGUGGACGCGGCCUUCCUCCCACUUACCCCUCCAGAUUGUCCUCUGGCGUUAGGCCCCGAGUACCGGCGGUUUUUGUGGCUGUCGAUCCUCCUGAGAGAAGAAGAGAGAGAAGCAAAAUCCCGCGCGUCUCGUUGCCCUUCCGAUCCGCCGUUUGCUUUCAAACAUCGCUGCGUGAGUCACGAAGAAGAGUUCUGUCUCCGUCCAAAGCGAGAACCGAUGGCGCAGAAAGAGUCCCCGCUCCUCGCCUUUCUCCAGAACGUCGCUGUGUCCAUUCACUUCAAAAGGAUCCUCGUCAAUCUGUCUCUGCGCCCGUCUCUCUCCCGACACGUCCGCUCGAACCAGCCGUCAGCUUCUCUCCCGUUCUCGUCUCCUUCCCCGUCGUGUGGGGUGACGCAGGGGCUUCUGGGCUCCGACGCUUUCUUCACUUCCCCACAAUCGCCAGGGAGGUGCUGCGUGUCUCCCUUUGUCCCUUCGCCCCUCUCCAGUCCCCCCUUCUCUCCGGGCCGCCGAGGCCGGGGCGACAACGGGACGACGCGUGGCAGCCGCAAACAGCCGUUUUGGGAGCCUCGCCCUCCUGCCUGCCAAGAGAGCGGUUGCGAACCCCGCGGCGUCUCCGCGGUCUGCGGCGACGGGGAAGGCGCCACGCGCAGCCUCGCAUAUCCAACGAAGCACGUGGUUGUCGUGACGGAGCCGCAGGAGUUUCCGCCCGUUCAAAUCGUGUUCACAGGUCUCGGUAUUCAUUCCUAUCUGGUGCACGAGGUGUUUGACGAGCACGCGAGUCUCGCAGGUCAGUCGGCUUCGUGGCCUGUUGCGCGGUCGCCCGCGACGCAGGCCGGCGAGGAAGAAACGCGGAGACUCCGAACUGGACGCGGCCGUCGCCUGCCUCGCUCGCGUUCUGCUUGGUGUCCCCUUCCUUCGGCGGAACGGCGAAGCGCGCUUUCCCUGCUGUUCCCUUCUUCGUCUGUCGCACCCUCGCGCGCGACCGGCACGGGGCCCCUUCGGCGUUUCCACUUAACUCUGGCGUCCCUCGACGUGUUCUGCCACUCUUCACCCUCGCCCGCGUUUCUUGCGUCUCCUUCGACUCUGCACCACGUGCUCCGGCCGUCUGCUGUCGGUUCACGUGUCCCUGCUCCGUUUCGGGAGUCCGCAGGCGAGGCGAAACCAGAAGGCUUUCCCUUCCCGUGGCAGCGAGGAGACAGAGAGCAAGGCGCGCACGGUCGAGGCGGGGCGAGAGAAACAGGACGCUCCCUGCAGGCGGGCGGACGCGGGGACGGGGAAGGGUGCGCAGAGGCCCAGAGCGGGGCCGGGAAGCCGCGCGAGCAAGAGCGAACGAACGCGGAGAGGAGUGGAGCCUCUGCACUGUUCUUCUGGUGGGGGCGUCAGCCAGAAAGACGCGACGUGCGCGACGCAGGAGAGCGGCCGUGGCUGCCUUUUGCCUCGAGCACGAGAAGAGAAGAACGAGGCAACGGAGAGGGAGACGCGUCGUCAAGAAGAGGCGCGAACCGGCCCUGGGGAGACCGCUCGAAAUCGGGUGGCAAGCGUGCGUCGCAGUCGUCGGUUCUCCACGUUCUCGUGGACAUUGAGUUUCCCGCGAAAUCUGGAGACGACGAGGCCGGCGCGGGAGAAGAAGAGGAGCUCGUGCGGUGUGAAGGCGAAGCGAUGGCCGCACGCUUCUUCUUUUCUCCUUCGCUGGUUCCUGAAAACGCACCUGUCUCCGAGGGGAUCAUGCCGACAGUCCCGUUACUGCCACCCGGGCUGCUGGGGAGCCGAGUCAGGGCGGCGCACCGAGCAGGCCGACCCCACAACAGCUGUCCCCUCGCCAGUGUCUCUGUGUUCGUCCCACACCCGCACGUCUCUCAGGCUGCGUCCGAGGACGACCUCCCGUCUCUUCUUCGCGCCGCGCUCCCUUCGAGAUCCGGCGCUGGCUGGCGAGAGAGGCUGGAACCGCAGACGCCGGCAGGCGUUUCGUCUUCUCGCUCCAGAGUCUUCUCCUGUGCUCUCCUCUCUCGCCUUCUUCCGUCGUUGCUCUCCAGACCCGCCAAGCCCCUCGCCGCUUGGUGUGUUUCCCAGCCGGCCUCCUGUCCUCCACACUCAGCUUGUGUCUCUGCUCCCGACUGCGGCUGUGCGGGGGCGACAAGAAGACCUCUUCACGGGCGGCGAACGAGAGUCAGCGGAGCACGGUGGCGAGAGGAGAAAUGGGUGAACGUUCGGCACUGCGUCUUGUCGCUCUCGCCGCUAACGAUGCGCCUCGACUUCAACCUGCUCUUCUCCGUUCUCGAGCCGCUCGCGUCUGCGUUUAUAGUCCGUUUCUCGCGCUUCGCGGCGCGUGCGAAGCGACAGGAGACAUGCGCAAACCCUGACCCCGAGCGAUCUGCCUGCGGGCCAGCCGAACGCCCGAGACCGAAACGAGGAGCCGCCUCUGUCCUGAGGGAGAAGCAACACACAGUUGGCCUCGCGGUCUGGGCCGUGGCGCCGGGCACGCCAGCGACGCACCGCAGCGGGCCUCUGGCGUCUUUCAACCUGGCUGAGAUCCCCGCGUGGUGCAAGUUGGAUCUGCCGACUGAGCGCGAUCUCUCGCAAACGCUCCACUUCUCCAUCGGUCUGCUCUGGGUGAAGGAAAUCUCCCUCAACCUCUCCGUGAUGCGUCUCUUUAGGGUCGUGACGUUCAACGAGGCCGAGUUCCGCUGGACCCCACUGCAAGUCCGCACGACCUGGAUCGACUUCUCUGGGCUCGCGGCGCUCUUCGCCGACCACUACCAGAGGCAACUGCAACAGCAGUGGUACCAGAUGCUCCUGUCCUUUGACCUCGUGGGAAGGCCCAUUUCGCGCAUCAGACAAUUCUGGAAUGCGCUUUUCCGGGGCGUUCUGGAUCUCGCGCCGGUCGACUUAAGCUACCCGUUUGCGGGAGUCGACGAAGGGGUGUACCCGUACACGUCCUUCAAUAUACAAAAGCUUCUCGCCUUGGUCUACUACACGUUUUCGUUCCAACUCUCACGAUUCCGAAAUCAGCCGCCGCCUCUCCCUCCGCCCAUUCUCAAGGUGCUUUCCCCUCCUGUUCCCCUUCCCGCCUCCUCGUUCAUGUCGCCUUUGUCGCCGCUGUCUCCUACCGCGUCUCUUCUGCCGGACCCCGACGCCGCUUCUCCCAGUCCUCUCCUUCCUUCUCCCUUGGUUUCCGCCGCCUCGCAGGCGUCGCCCUUUGCUCUUCUUCCUUCUCUCUCUUCGUCUCCUUUCCUUGGUGGAGGAGGCCCGGAGAGCGCGAAUGGCGCGUUCGUGGAAGGCGAGGAAGACGCGCUAGCCGAGAGGUCGAACGAGGAAGAAAGGGAAGGAAGUGGGAAUCGGAGGGCGAGAUGUCGAGAAGGUGAAGGCAUCGACGCCGAGAGGAACGGCCGGAAAGAGGUGAACGUGUUUUGGACGGAGGCAAACGGAAUCUUUGUCCCGGCCGGUAGUCGCCCGAUUUCCGCUUCGCACGGCGAUCUUGCCACAUCGUCUCCUGCGUCUGCGACGUUUCCGGGUUCUCUCCUUCCUCCACGUUCGGUCUUCCAGUCUGCCGCUCCGCGUUCAAACGUUUUUUUCCCUUCUUUUUCUCAGCAACAAAACCGGGGACUCGGCCAUUCCGAGAGAACACUUCUCCCCGGCUCGUCUUUUCCGUCUUCUGCGUUCUUUUCGCCGUCGUUUCCGCGCCUUCCGUUUUCGUCUGCAGCUGCCUCCCGUCCCUCCCACGUGUCGCGCCCUUCCCCCAUGCCCUUCGACCGCGUGAGUUCCGACAUUGUCCCCGCUUCGGUGGCCUUCGCAGCGAAUCGCUCGCCAUUCUUCGCUUCAUCCGUCCCUCUUUUCUCCUCCCUGUCGUCCCAUCUCCCCUCUUCCGAGGACAGUCCUCUCCCCUUCCAGGAGAGCGGAGUGCGGCCCGAUCAACCGUUUUCUUCCGCCUCGCUCCAGAGCCGAGACUCCAAACCGCGGGAACGGAGAGACCCGGCGCAGGGUGAAAGAGUGCCCCGCCCGAAGACGGGGCCCUCGCGGCACUCUAGCGAGGUCGCAACGCGAGACCAGUGUUUGCAGCCCGCGUUGCUGUCGACUGAUCCGUUCGUCUCUCGGUCGACUCUUGCCGAGCUCCCCCGUCCACAUGGGGCUUCAGAUGGAGCUUCCGAGAGAUCAGGCGCGGGCUCGAGGAGGACCAAGGAGAGAAGGAAACGCCGGGAACGGGCGAAGAAGGCACAGGAGGACGAGACGUCCCGCUCCGGUCGGGAGAAAGAAAAGAGAGAGAAGAGCGACCGUCAGUCUCGAUCUUCCGGUUCGUUUGCCUGUUCAGCUUCGCCGCGAGGUCUGUGCGACCGCGAGAAAAGGGAAGAAAGAGCGAAUCGAGGGUCGGGUGGAAGGCAUGCAAGGACGCAUGCAGGAAGGCACGAGAGAGAUGGAACGAGGCACACCCGCGAAUGGGGCGCCGGAGCAGAGAGGGAAAUCGACCAAAGAGGACAGCAACAGGCCGAUCCCCGCGGGAGGAAAGGCCCGCGGCAUUCGAGCGACAGAAGAGGGAGGCAAGACAGCUCGUGGUAUUCGGAACGCGAAGCAGCUGAUGCAGAGCCAAGAAGAAAAGAAAAGUUACAGAGUGAGAACGAACCGAAAAAGGGGUGCACGGGACAGAGAGGCAGAGCCCUGCAUCGAACACAGGCGCGAGAGGCAUGUGGAGCGGCGUUUGACAGCGACGCGUUUUUCGUCUCAGCAGAUGACUCGUGUGUUUCUCUGUCUCCUGAUGCCGAGUGCGGCACAGAGCGGUCCGUGUCUUCUCACAGAGGAUGCUCGUCCUCAGACGAAACGCACUACUACCGUUCCGCUUCGUCCAGGGGCGACAGCGAGGAAGGCCGCCGAGAGCUGACGGGCCGCGCGAAGCGUUCAUCAUUCGUUACUUCGUCUUCUCCGUCACGUUCCCCGGGGGAGCGAAGAAUGCGUAUCACGGCUAACCGAGACGAGACGGGAGAAGAAAGCGAUGGGAGAACCUCGCGCGGUCUCGGCGCCUCUCUGUCGUCCAUCUCUGCGUCCUGUCCCUCGCCGGCUUCUGUCUCCUCGCUCUGGUCGUCGUCGCCGCUGUCUUCUCCUGGGGCCAGCGCGAGAGGCGUGCCUAAAGCUCCGAAAGGCACAGGUAGGGAAGAGGCCGCAGACGAGAACGAACCGGCAAAGCCAGGCGCCACGCAGGCAGGUGGAAACAGCGCGCGCUCCGACUCCCCAGUGAGGCGGUCUGGAGUUCAAGGGAUCUCCAAGGAGAAUGCGAGACAGCAGAAACUCCAGAGAGGCGAACAACGGGAAGAGAAAAGAGAGACCAGAAGGGACAAGACAGAAGCACGGCAAGCAAGAGAGACGGCGGGGGUGGCGGCUGCGUCCACUUCGAGCUUUCCACUUGCCUCUCCCCUUUUUCCUCCCCCGCCUCCUCGGUGCGUCUCUCCUUCAGCCGCUCCGGGGUGUUUCUCGCCCCUCCACAGGACGCGGCGUGCCGGUCUGCCGCGAGCGUCCUCGAGGGGGGAACCUGGAGCGGGCGAGCGUGAAGCAGACCAGGAAGGUCUAGAAGAAGAGAGGCCAGAGGCAGGCAUGAAGGGAACAGACCCGGCUGAAAGAGCGCGCGGAGGCCGAGACGGGAAGAAGGAAGGCAAGCCCGAAGUGAGACGACGGGAAGAGAGAGAACGCAGAGGCGACAGCAGCCGAGACGCCCAAGAGAGAAGCGAGGACAGGGGGAAGGAAAGGCAAGACGACAUCGAGGAAGACAGUUUGUGGUCUCUUUCGUUCUAUCCCGCAGCUGCAAAAGUUCCCGAUGAUCUUCUCGGCUGGGCGCCAACAACUCAACAGGCCGCGAGACCGCCAGGGGGCCGGCGCAUCUCCAGCGACCUGUGA